AUGAACGCCUCUCCAUCGCCGUCGCCACGUCGCCCGCAGCGUGUCCGUCCUUCGAGUUCUUCAAGGCCUGGCACCGGCUCUCCCACCCCUGGCCGCAGUGCUGCUGGUGGGCUCCGUUCCUCUUCUUCUCUGGGCUGCGGCUCCUACAACUCCUACUCGGGCAGCGAUUACGGCUACAGCGAAAUUUCCAGCUAUUUGCGCCCUGUCCAGGAGUAUCACAACGCCUUUGCCAAUACGGACGCCCCCCCUGCGUCCACCCCCAUACGCCUCUCUAUCCCGAACUUGUUCCCGGCUGUUGCCUCGAUCGGCAAGUCUCUGGGUCGGGCCAUCUCGCCAGACCGAAAGUCUACGCCAGGCCGGCCGCCGAUACCGCCGUACAAAAAGGCCAACGGCCACGACGCGGACGAGGAGGAAGGACGGAGCAGCAGCGACAGCAGCGACAGCAGCGGCAGCGACAUCAUCAGCAGUAGCAGCGUGGACGAGGACGAUGACGAGGGGGACGACGAACAAGACGACCACACUAUGGCAUCCUACCUGGGAGACGACAGAACAAGGCGAGGCGCCGAUAUCUACACAACCUAUACGAGUAGCAGAAACAGAAACAGAGACAAGCCGGCCAGCAUCGGCACCACCGUCGUCGACGCCAGCAGUCCUGUGACAGGAGGAGGGCUGUCUUCCUGGCUCUCACGCGAGCCCAGGUCAGGCAGCCCAGGUCGUAGCACGCCGAUAAGAACUGCGACACCAGAGCCGGCUCCGCUGGCUACAUUACGCGUGGGCGCAGACACCGGCAAGAGCCGGCCCUUGUCGCUGGCGAGCGAGACGUCUGCGACGUCUCGCAACUUGGCGGCUACGCCUUCGCUAGGGCCGCCCAGUGCCACGUCGCCGUCGCGCUUCUCGCAGUUGUUCUCGCGCCUGACGCAGCAGCCGUCGCCGAGCAGUCCGGACGUAGCAGUCUUGGACCGGCGGCAGCUGAUGGAGGAGGAUGAGUUUUACCACCUUGACCUUGGCGCUGCCCUUUUCCCGUCAGGCCGGCCAUCUGACCGAGAUGCGUUUUCACCGUCAGCCUACAAAACUCUGGAGACCAACGCCCUGAGUACGCUGAUGCGCUUCCAGGCCGCAUACCGGCAACGCACAAUGGCCAUGUUGGACCUAGUGGCCGACCAGAGCGCCCGCGAUGAGGAGCUCGAGGAGGCCGAGACGCGCGCGCAAAACUUCAAGAUGCAGCUGGAGGGCAUGGCCAGCAGGGCGGCUCAGCAGGAGAAAGAUCUGAAAGUCUUGAACGACGACCUGAAGGCCGAAAAACAGGCCCGCGCCCAGGAGCGGGCGAUGCUGGUAUCAGGCAUGUCUGGCGUACCAGUAAGACAUGACGAUAAUGAUGACGAUGACGACGACAAUCAGACGACAACCGCAAUUUCCAUCUCAGAAGAUCUGGGCGUCGAGGCAGCCCAGCGGCAGCAGCAGCGACAAAGGCAGCAGCAACGGCAGCAAAGGUGGCGGAAGAGCCUCAAGUCCGACGGCAGCUACGAGGAUUCGGACGAGGGUGAAGAGAGCACGCCUGACGACGAGAGCAGCGUAUUUUCCCGCUCGCGAAGCCCCACUAUUGCGGCCGUGAGCAUCAACGGCAACUGCGACAGCGUCGAUGGGCUGGCACCGGUGGCAGCGCCGGCCUCAGCAAUGGCAGCACACCCACGUGUUGCAGCGCUGGGCUCGUCCUCUGCAAGAGCAAGCAAGCAGCCCGUUUCAUCAUCCGGACUUCCAUUGAACCCGUUUCAAAAACUUGUUAAGAACGUGACGUCAGCCAUAAAGGAGGACGAUCCUGAGGUCCGGGGGCUGCCUAGCUGCCGCAACUGCCGGGGUCAAGAUGCUAGCUUUGCCUGGAACACGGUUAGCUUGCUGCGCGACGAAAACAAGCAACUGAAGCAGCGCGUCGGCCAGCUGGAAGUGGCCGUUGAUGGAGCGCUGGAUGCGGUCCACGGGAUCAACAUUGGGCAAUAG